CAACAUUCCAAAUUCCGAACAAAAGCGAAUGUGCGACGAGUAGAGGGGACGCGAGUUAUUCUUCGUAAUUUCUUGUUUUCAUCUUGCCAGUGAUUUAUUUACCAAUUGUUUUCUGUGAGAAAUGUCGCGUGUGGUGCUCGCAUUCUGUUUAUUAUUUAUUUAUAUUCACGUCUCGGAAUGCGGAGUUUAUGGUCGUAGCGGGAGCAGUUUUGGUGGUGGUAAUUCAGGUCGCUCCUCGUCAUAUAACGCGAGAAGAUAUUCAGGUUCGUCCUACGAUGGUGCCGAGCCGUAUCCGGAAGCCGCGAAACAGAAAGGCGCAGCGCCGCGAACCUCGAAGUCCAGUGGAUUCUCCGCUUGGGGACUCAUCAUGAUCAUUACCACCGUCAUAAUCCUCGGGUUCGGUGCGUAUUAUGGCAUUAUUUGCUAUCCAUUCUUCUGUAAGCACGAGCGGACGUAUCAAUUUAUGGACGCCUCAUCGACGAUAACCGGGGCGACAUCGCGGUCGAUCCAGUCCAUAGAGAAUUUCCAACACGAUCAGAAGGCGGCUCUGUGAGUCCCGAACCAUGCAAUGGGCCCUUUGGCCGUCGCACUGUGUUCAAUUCCAUUUUCAGUAGGAGUAGAUGCAAAAAUUUAGACCGUAAAAAGUUUGGAAUGCAGGCAAUUCUCAUUCAUGUACGUGCGACUGCUCACAGGGGACAAGACUGACGACGAAGAGAGAGGAAUCGACUUUUCCCUAUGAUUUUGGCUUUAGCGCUUAGUUUUACACUUUCUACGAAAAUCGACAAACUUCCUUAAAAGCGAAAAUGACGAAUUUUUCCCCAUCACUUUUAUAUGCAAUGUUCCAAUAGUUUUUUAGAAAUUUUUCUACUUCCCUAAUUAGGCUAAGAUGUGAUUUGUCUGAUAAAGUGCUCGAAUAUUUUUUGUAAGAUUUUUGUAAUAAAAUUUAGAUAUUUUUUAUGAAAAC